AUGGCCUCUACAAGCGGAGAGGAAUCUUCCCACAUUGAAAUGAGCGUAAAAGCGGCAAAUGUGCUUGCCGAUUACGGGUUUGAGCCUCUUGCCGACGUGCCCGGUGUUUAUUUUGGCCAUCAAAUGCCCAAGGUGCACGACUUUUGGCUGUUGCUGUUGGCCACAAAGCGCGGCAUUCUAAAAUCAACGAGAAGGCCAUACUUCGACAACCGAAAGGCCGGUAUAUAUUUGAGCCUCGUUGAUCCGGUCAUUCUCCGAACCCGAACGGCUCUAAGCGAAGAUGCAGUUUCUCCAUGGACUUCCGGUCAAGAACGAAUGCAUCUCGACAACUACUACGCGGACGGCGAAAAUCUAUCCAGUCGCACCACCGGAAACGCUGAAGGCCUCCGCGUAACCCAUCAACGAUAUUCCAAACACCCGGGAAAAUUGCCAAUCUCAAAGAAGAUUCUUAGCAUUCCCCACAUGCGAAAACCGGCGCUGGUCGAGCCGAACACGUACGCCGUCGUUUGCUACAAGGUCAGCGAGCCGUUCGAGAUGCCGCUCGAGCGAACGAAGCCGCGCGUUAAGCCAGAAGCCGUUGCGGCUAUUAGGAGAUUAACGACGAAGCACCCUGGCUUAAACGCGGGUAAAAUUCACGAGCUGUUGAGCAUCGAGUUGCAUGGAGUUGACGUCCCAGAUGUUGCACAGGUCGGAUACCAGCAGAAAAAGCUGGCCGGCAAGCUACAGCGCUACAAGUUGAUGCGCCCGUUUCUGCAAAAUCAACCGGGGACCGGUGACGAGGACGACGAGCUGGAUAUGGACUCGAUGUUUGAUGACUAUUAUGACGAGGAGUCGAAUCAAACGCUUGAUACACCGCCGGAAGAUGGCGGAGGCCCCUCAUUUUCGCAGUUUGACGGGUCGAUUUCCGUGAACGAACACUUGCAACAGCAAGUUUUUGGCCAAGAAGAGACGACCAAUGGAUACCAUGAACAUCCGGAGCCGCCCCCGCCGCCGUACCACGCCCCGAAACAGCAUCAAUUCUCCAAUAGCGUCUACCAGCAAGAAAUCCCUGGAUAUUACAUGGAUCUGGCACAGGGAAUGAGUGUUAUGGAAGCCGUUUCCCUCCAUGGUAGCAUCCCGGACACCGGUUCAGUCUUUCACGGAGCCCAAAAAAUCGUCUUGGAUGGAAUUGUGAAAACGAUGAACGAGCUGCUCAACCGAACCAAAAACAACUUCCACCCACCCGCCCAAAUGCGCUCAAACGGCAUCAAGCAAGAAUUGAUCGAUGUCGAUGUUACA